UGCAGCAAAACACUAGGAGGACGAAAGACUAAAAAGCUGAACCGAUUCCAAGAACAGUUUUUGCAAAUUCUUGCAUGUUCGAUUGUUGUCAUUUCAUUUAUCUUGUACUCUCAAUACAUACCAGUACAGUUCAAAGAGUAAAUUUUCCCUCUGACAUUGGAAUAUAUUGGAUGUUAACACAGUGUUAGUAGUAAUACAUCAUGGCAGGGGUUGUUACACGUCGUCGAGCUGAAACAUCUACUUCACUGAUUUCUCCAGUUCCACGAAAACGAACUCGAUUCAAAAGCCCUAGUUCAACAAAUGCACAUUCAUACAAAAUGCAGCUUUUCCAUGUCACUUUUGAAUUCGGCCCAUCUGAGCUUAACCUUUUCAAACUAAUUUCCGAGGAAUUAUACUAUGUUUGGAAAGAAACAUAUGAAACAGUGAAAGAAAUCCAGGAACCGAUUGAAGGAAUAUUCCUUAUCACUGAAGAUAGCGAAAACGUUAGGGACCUGUGUUUGAAAUUAUUCAGAUUUUCUCCAAAAACAACAGACGUCCAAAUAUGCGAAAAAGUUGAGUUCAAAAGAAGAAAUGCUGUAGUUAUUUGUCAUCUAGGAAAAUCGUUUUGGAAGAAAAAAAUUCCGUUAGAUGCCCUACAACCAUUGAUUAAAGAUGUCGAGAAAUCAAUGCUGUUCUUCCUCGUUGAAUCAGAAGUCGACAAUGAACGGAAAAUCAAGCUGGUCAAAAGAGAGUCCUUAAGCUUUGCGUCACAUGUGCUUGAUGCCAACAGUGAAAAGAGCAUCAUAUAUGAAAAAUGUUAUGCAGGUCUCGAGAAAGACCUUGCAGAUUUCAUAUGUGCCUUAAAGAAGAAGACAAAUACAAGACAUUUAAGCGGCUUCCUUAGACAGAUUGAAAAAUUGCAAGAAAGGUUACUUACCCGGAAGUCACCUGACUCCUCAAAUCUUACAAAGGAAUGUAUCAGAAACAUAAAAGAUGCAAAGAAACAUGGGGUAGUUGGAUACAGAUUAUGUGGUAAAACCUUGCUCAUCUUUGAACGCCACCAGCCAUUAAACGACCAAAGCAGGAGAUUAAUAACGAGCCAUUUCCAAGGUGAUGUCAAAUUUCUACAGCUGAAAAGGGCCUUCACUCCCCAAUGCGCGAUAAGAUGUGGUGGUGAAAUCAUAAAUAAAAGAAUAGAAAAACGGGGCAGCUUGGGCAUGUUUGGACAAAUUGCAAACGCCAUGAAUCAGGACGACUCAUUUUCCUCCAUUAUUGCAAUAGCAUCUGGUCAUCUUUACAAUGAAGGGGAUUUAGCAGAAGUUCAACAACAUGGGGAAGAUAAAUCGAUCGGCCUUUGCAUUUGGCCAAAUGAGGAUACGCUGGGAAAUGAAAGAUUACAUGACAUUUCUGUUAUAAAGAUAUAUAAGUCUGUAUUGCCAUUGCUAUCAAAAACCGUUGAAGAACUUAAUGAAAAUGUGUACGUCUACGGACAACCACUUUCUACCCUCGCCGACAGGCUAGUAUUCAAGUUCGGUGCCGCCACUGCUAAAACAAAAGGGUACGUCAAA